AUGUCUGACCCAAUCAGCUUCAAGGUAAUUUUGGUGGGCGACGGGGCCACUGGGAAGACAACGUUUGUAACGAGGCACAUAACGGGCGAAUUUCGAAAGCAGUACAUUUCAACGAUUGGGGUUGAGAUUCGACAGCUUCCCUUCUACGUGGCCGGUCAGUCCUGUCCCAACGGGCGCGAGGUCCUGCUGAAUGUGCACGACACUGCAGGGCAGGAGAAAUUCGGCGGCCUCCGCGACGGCUACUAUGUCGACUCUGAUGCAUGCCUUCUCUUCUUCGAUGUCACCAACAGAGUUACCUACAAGAACGUGGAGAGCUGGUACAGGGAUGUCUUCCGCAUCUGCCCCACCCGUCGCGACGCGAGCACGGGAGAGGAGAAGCCUCUGGCAAUCGUCCUCGUCGGAAACAAGUGCGAUGUCAAGGACAGAGAGAUCCGCACCCAGACAGUUAAGUUCCACCGCUCAAAGAACAUCCCCUAUGUGGAAAUUUCAGCAAAGGAUAACUUUAACUAUGAGCUUCCGAUUCUGAGCAUCCUUCGCACCCUCCUGAAUGACCCAACGAUCCAGUUCUCCCAGGCACCUGCUCUCCUGCCAGCCGACAUUGGUAUGGACGCCGCCACCCGAGAGCAGAUUAACAAGGAUCUCGAGGCCGUCAAUAAUGUGCCUCUUCCCGACGAUGAUUGA